UUUGACUCCUUCAACGUUCCCUCGAACUCCACUUGAAGCAAAGAUAACAAAAACACACACACAAGACUUGUUUGUGCAGAACAACCAAGUCUCAAGAAAGCUAUGGAGUUAGAGCUUGAUGACGAUGUCUUCUUUGCAGACAUAAGCAAACAGAUCUCUCUUCUCAUCAUGGAUGAAGAUGAACAGCUCAACCCUGUUUCACUCUCUUCCUCCUCCCCUCUCGCGUUCCAGAGUAUGUUCAGAGGAAGUUACCAAACGGCUCCAUAUAUGUACCAUCAAGAACAGAGCAAAGGGACUGGUGUUUUCAUUCCUAAAUCUUCUCAGACCAGAAGAAGACCUCAUCAUCCGAAGCAAGGCAGGGUUAAUUCCUUCAACGCCAAGCAACAACACUCUCUUCAUCAAAACAGACAACAGUAUCAGCAGAAUCAUGACAACUUGAGAAGAACCCUCACCACUCACAACAACAACAACAAGAGCAGCAUGGUAACUAGUAACGUUCAUGCUUCUAUCCCAAGAAGAACCUACAGAGAUGCAGCUUCUAUCUACAGUUAAUUAAUUUAACAAAUAUUCUGCAAGAUUCGUGGCUUUUGGUGUGAUUGAUUAAUAUAACAAUAUAAUAUUUUAUAGAUGCAUAAGAUUUGUUUGUUUGUAAAUCAGGAAGAAUAAAGAUUCUAUAAGGAAGGAAGGUACUUGGAGAUGUGUUCCAAGCUUGUUCUUAUUUUAAUGUAACUCUUUCUUGGUUAUUUUAGAGAUGAUAUUUCACUGACUUCUCUAUUUGUAAAAUAUGUUUUAAGGAUUAAUAAAAAUCAAGUUGCGAAA